UGUAGUUUUUCGUGCUCCUCCUUUUCCUCCUCCUCUUUCUCCUCCUCCUCAGGGCCCCAGUCAGGCCGAUCCGCUCCGCUCACGGGUUUAAGAUUAUCUGACUUUCAACUAUACAGGAUUGCUGCUGAUAGAAAGGUCCUCAUGGAACAAAAUGCACCAUGGAAGUGGCUUUGUUAAAUUCCAUGAGGAAAAAUAAAUAAUAUAUCUCCCAACUGUAUUGAAUAGAAAAAGAUAAAUCAAAAAUGGCAGAACUCUUUAUGGAAUGUGAAGAAGAAGAGUUGGAACCAUGGCAGAAGAAAGUAAAAGAGGUUGAUGAUGAUGAUGAUGAUGAGCCGAUCUUUGUUGGAGAGAUAUCAAGUUCAAAGCCAGCAAUUUCAAAUAUUUUGAAUAGAGUAAACCCCAGCUCAUAUUCGAGGGGAAUAAAGAAUGGUGCGCUCAGCCGAGGUAUUACUGCUGCAUUCAAGCCUACAAGUCAACACUACACGAAUCCAACAUCAAAUCCAGUGCCUGCCUCGCCAGUAAAUUUUCAUCCUGAAUCUAGAUCUUCAGAUAGUUCUGUUAUUGUUCAGCCUUUGUCUAAACCUGGUUAUGUAACAAAGUCAUCACGAGUUGUUUCUAAUAAUUCUUCAGAGUUACUGUUUGACUUGACCCAGGAUACAGGAUUACCACUUUACCAAGGAGGACCAACACUUUCUAUAGCAGGUAUGAAUGAAAGUUCAUUUUUAUCAAAACGUCCUUCUACUUCUGAAGUAAACAGUGUUAAUCCAAAAAAGUCUAAACCCAGUGAAGGUGUUUCUGGAACAAAUUCCUCAGCUGUAUUUUCUUCAGUUAAAUCUCUUUCAGUGACAUCUCCCCAGGCUAUGCCAUCAAAAGGUACAAAUAUCUCAUCAAAUCAAUCUAAAAAUGGAACACCUUUUCCAAGAGCUUGUCCAAAAUGCAAUAUUCAUUUCAAUCUUUUGGAUCCUUUGAAAAAUCACAUGAAGUACUGUUGUCCAGACAUGAUAAAUAACUUUUUGGGACUGGCUAAAACAGAAUUUUCAAGUACAGCAAAUCAAAGUAAGACUGUUGAUUCAGAAAAAGGAAAACUGAUCAUGUUAGUUAAUGACUUUUAUUAUGGAAAACAUGAAGGAGAUGUCCAGGAAGAACAGAAGACUUACACAACCUUUAAAUGCUUCAGUUGCUUGAAAAUUCUUAAAAAUAAUAUUAGGUUUAUGAACCACAUGAAACAUCAUUUGGAACUUGAGAAGCAGAGCAGUGAAAGCUGGGAAAACCACACCACCUGCCAGCACUGCUACCGUCAGUUUCCCACACCAUUUCAACUGCAGUGUCACAUUGAAAGUACACACACACCCCAUGAAUUUUCUACCAUUUGCAAAAUAUGUGAAUUAUCAUUUGAAACAGAGCAUAUUCUUUUACAACAUAUGAAGGACAAUCAUAAACCUGGUGAAAUGCCAUAUAUUUGCCAGGUUUGCAAUUAUAGAUCAUCAUCAUUUUCUGAUGUAGAAACUCAUUUUAGAACAUCCCAUGAAAACACUAAGAACUUGCUAUGUCCGUUUUGCCUCAAAGUUAUUAAAAUUGCAACACCCUAUAUGCAUCAUUACAUGAAGCAUCAGAAAAAAGGAAUACAUCGUUGUACAAAAUGCAGACUACAGUUUUUAACAUGCAAAGAGAAAAUGGAUCACAAGACUCAGCAUCAUCGGACAUUUAUAAAACCUAAACAACUAGAAGGAUUGCCUCCAGGAACAAAAGUUACUAUUCGAGCUUCAGUUGGCCCUCUUCAAUCAGGAUCUUCAACUACACCUACCAUUAGUGCAAGCACUUCUACACUUCAGCUCUCACCUCCAAGGACUAAAAAUAUAACUGCUAAAAAUCCCACAAAAUCUAACACAAGUAAACCUAAUAUAACUAAAUCCAUUGCAAGUAAACCUAAUGCAAGUAAGCCUAAUGGAAGUAAAUCUAAAUACAAAUCAAAAAUAUCUAAUAUGCAAAAGAAACAAAGCACAUUGGCUAGUAGCAAUAAAAAAAGUAAAGUCAAUACAGCAUUGAGGAAUUUAAGGUGUCGUCGGGGAGUUCACAAGUGCAUUGAGUGUUGUUCUGAAAUAAAAGAUUUUGCAAACCAUUUUCCUACAUAUGUCCACUGUAGUUUUUGCAGAUACAACACUAGCUGUAGCAAAGCCUAUGUGAAUCAUAUGAUGAGCUUUCAUAGUAAUCAUCCAAGUAAAAGGUUUUGUAUCUUUAAGAAGUAUUCAGAAGAUCUCAGGGGCAUUACUCUAGUGUGCCUUAAUUGUGAUUUCCUAACUGAUGUUUCUGGCUUAGAUAAUAUGGCUACACACUUAAGUCAACAUGAAACUCAUGCUUGUCAAGUUGUAAUAGAGAAAGUUUCUGUUUGUAUCCCAACUUCUGAACAUCUUUCUGAAUUAAAAAACGAAGCUCCCACUAAGGAACAAGAACCUGUGUCUGAGGAAAUUGCAAGACCUAAUAUGGCUGAAGGAGAAACAGAAACAUCAAAUUCUGAAAGUAAACAAGAUGAAGCUUCUUCAGAGGAAAUAAAAAAUGGAUGUGAUGUGCAUUUAUUCGAAGGCUCAUCAACAACAAAAAGUGAAGAAGGUGUAUCAGGUUCAGAUAAAGAAAAUGAUACCUGUCUUGAAGACCAGGAAACUGGCUCAAAGAAUAUCUUCAGUUAUGAUUCAAUUAUUGAUGCAGAUAAGGUGGAGAAGGAAAAACAAAUAGAGCACAUUUGUCAGGAAACAGAGUUGAAGAGGUGCCAAAGUUCAGAAAACCUCAUUGCAUGUGAUCAGAUUGAAGAUCGCAAUGCCAGUGAAGCUAGAUUUUCUUCAAAGAAUAUUAAGGAUUUGCAGUUAACAUCUGGUGAUGUUAGCAUUGAUCAGUUUUUGAGAAAAAGAGAUGAACCUGAAUCUGUUAGUUCUGAUGUUAGUGAGCAAGGCAGUAUUCAUUUGGAACCUUUGACUCCAUCAGAAGUGCUUGAGUUUGAAGCCACAGAGAUUCUUCAGAAAGGUAGUGGUGAUCCUUCAGCCAAGACUGAUGAAGUAGUGUCUGAUCAAACAGAUGACGUUCCUGGAGAAAAUAGCCUUAGCACAACAGAGACAACAGGAGACCUGGCAGAUGAAAAAGAAAGAAGUUGAAAUUAAUUAGGCAUUCUAAGUUUUAGUGUACCAACGAUAAGAGCAUUUGGAACAGUGCUAUCAGGUGAGCUCAGUGGUGCUGUUGCAGAGUGCAGAGAUAGAAAAAUGUGAGGGAGGUCAUUCAUACACUUUACCUGUAUAUUCAACCUUGGUUAUUAAAUCAAUUCAUCAUUAAUAGCAUGAUUAGUAUGAAUUUCCAAAAAGUUUUUAAGACAUGAGUAAGAUUUUAAUGAAAGUUAAGUUUGCAAUGAAAAAGUCUCAUUUAGCAGUUUUCAAGGUUAUGGAACCUGGUGGUCAAUAUGAAUUGAAUAUUAGUUAUAUUAAUAAAGCUUUUGAAAUUUCCAUCAGUUCUAAACUAAAAGUCCUUAUUACCUGUACAUCCUUUUCAAUUAACUUAAAGGAAGAGAUUUGGAAACCACAUACCUUUUGGGAAUAAUUGAUUUAAAAUAAUGGCCAAUUGGCUUUGUUAAUGAAGGUUUCAUUUUGAGUAUGAUACUGGUAAAUGGAGCAUGUUUAGAAUGCUAAAUUAGUUGAUCUAAUGAGAAUUUGGAUGAACAUAAACUUAAUUUUGGAUAUAAUAUUACAUUCCAGACUGCCAGAAGCAUGUAAACAGAAUAUUUGAAUCUGUGUACCUCCAUACAAGUGUUAGCCUGCCAGGCUGUAAGCUUACCUUAAUUAAACUUUCAGUGAAAGUGAAAUUAUUAAAAUAAAAAUUUAUAUUUGUGCUUUUUGUCAGUGUGUAAGCUGUGCAGAAAUCCCUUGAUGUACUAGUUGUAUAAAGUAGAAACCCACUGUUGAAACUCCUGUAGCUGUUAUGCUCUUAAUAUUGUUUUAAUGAUCUUCUUUAGAAAUAGACCCAUAAAAAUGGUCUGGAAACCAAACCAAAGUGUGGAUUAAUGUAGAUAUUGUAAAGCAGUAAACUGAAAACAUGUCCUGGCAUGAAUUCAGCCAUGUUUAAGUGACUUUUUCUGUAAUUGUAAAAUAGAAAAUUCAAAUGGGACCUAAAGCAGGAUGUAAAAAAUUGGUUUGGGAUAUUUAGCCUAAUUUAUCCAUAAGAUGGCUGCUAAAUUGAUUUUUUCAGUUUUUUAUCAUGUAGAAAAUAAUAGAUACAGAAAUGAAUAAUAUGAGUAACAGUAGUUUGCUUUGA